AUGGAGGCCGGGGGGCUCCUGCCCCAUCAGCCCUCGCAAGGCCCCCCCGGCACAGGCACGGGUAGUGCCCAAAAUAUUUGUCUCGGUGGACAACAGCGUCGUGUCACUAGUCAAUCACCGGUGCACACGGGACUCGAGCAAUUGAAUUCGGCUGGCCAAUUGGCAUUGACGAGUCAGCAGCAGUUGCAACAUCUGCAGCAACAAAUGGGUCAGGCACCGAAUAUGGGUGAGAUUAUCACCCCGAAAAAACAAUUGGCUGUUGAUCGGUUGAGACGGAGAAUGGAUGAGUACCGAAGGCACCAGACCAACGUCACCCCCAGGUUUGAGCAGAGCUUCAAUGGUUUGUGCGAGCAAGAGUCCCAGGGGACGCUGCUCCUCAAACAGAGAUUCUUUGACAACAAGGCCAAGAGACAAGCGAAGAAAGCUGAUAAGAAGCAGAAUGAGGCUGUUGGCCUAUCCAGUGUUCACGUGCAGCAAAAAUUCCUGAAGAGAACAGCGGAGGACUUAGAGCCCGCGGGUGGUGGUGGUAGUGAUGCCUUUGGUGAGCCACCAGUUAAGGUCCAAUGCACCCAGGGCCAGCAUCAGCAUCAGCAAGCCCAAUCAGGGGCUGGUGGUCCCCAUCACGGCCACAGCCAGCAUCAAACUGGCAACGGCACCUCCCAGACUGGUCCCCAAGGAGGUGGAAAUGGUAGCAACGGGGGAGGUUCUGGUGGCUCUGGUAACGGUAACAACGAGGGCCUCACCAAGUUUCAAGUUGAGAUUGUACAGCAGUUGGAAUUCACAACGUCAGCAGCCAAUUCACAAGCUCAACAAAUCUCGACAAACGUCACUGUCAAAGCCUUGACGAAUGCCUCAGUGAAGAGUGACCUUGUGAAUUCCUCAUCAUCACCUAAACCGGGAAUGGACAAUACAACGACGUCAUCGAGGAGCCAGAAUAAUGGCCCUGGUGGAGGUGGUGGUGGUGGUGGUGGUGGAAGUGGUGGUGGUAUAGGUUGUGUAGACAUUGGUAAUUUAGUGGAGUGCAAACAAGAGCCGGACAAUGAUUUUGUUGAUCUCGAGCAGUGUGCCGCAGCUGUUGAGAAAGAUGCAGCUGCUAAUGGCGUUGGUUUUCCCGGUUUCUCGGACUUUAUCGGCGAUGAUACUGGCGAUGAGAUAUUUCCAUCGGACGCAUUCAAAGAUCUCAUCUCUGAGAUAUCGGAUAUUAAUCCGGAUUUCAUGAAAGACUUUGACUUUGACGACAAGAGCGGUGAUUUAUUGGGCUCCAGUGGCAAUGCUAAUACGGGCAGUGUUGUCGGUAGUAACACGUCUGGUACGAUUAAUAAUGGACAGAUUAAGAUAGAGGAUGACAAGGAUAGUCAUCAGCAUGGCAAUAGUGCUACGAGUAAUGGUACAAAUAAUGGAAUUAUCAGAUCAAACUCGAGUCCGGGUCUGGGUGGGUCGCAGUAUUCACCGGCACGUCUGCCAUAUUCAGGGCUUGAUUUCAAAUCUGAGAUGAGCCCCGCAGCCCAGACUCUGAAGCAAAUGGCUGAACAACAUCAGCACAAGAAUCAACUUGUACUUGGUAACUAUAAUCCAGCAGCUGCUGCCGCAAGGGGUCCAGCGUCGAGAUCACCUUACGCCGAAUUUCCACAGUUUGGGGGUAAUGCGGAGGCUUAUCUUGGUAGUCCUGGGAAUAAUGGACCAAAUAAUCAGAAUCAAAAUGCUCAAAAUGCUCCGUCUUAUCACAAGAGCAAUAGUAAUCCCAGUUUUUCGAGUCAGACAGCUAGUGAUAUGUUUGCUGCACAAAAUCAGUUCAAUUUGGAUAUGAAGAGGCCUCAACAGGCGGGUGGAAAGCCCAAUAUGCUUGGACCGACUGGUGGAUAUAAGCAGCAGUACUCGCCUUAUGGUAGUCCAGGAUCUAUGCCUAAUCAUGGCAGUCCUGGGUAUCCGUUACCACCUAGAGGGGGACAGGGUGGUGGGCCUAAUCAGCCUGGCUCGGCUCAGGGACCCUUCACGAGCUCAACACCACCUAGACCACCCUCUGGACCUGGCACUUCCACUUUGCAGAUCAAUCAGGCACAGCAGCUCCACAUCUCUAAUCCCGGGCAUCAGAUUCAGGUAUCAGCUGGUCAACACAUGCAGCUCACCGGUGAUCUGAAGCCGGGAGUAUCCGUGGCAGCGCAGCAGGGAAUGUACUUCAAUCAACAGCAGAACCAAAAUCAAACAGGACCGAAUGGUCAAAAUGACACAUACUGCUCGGUAUCGCAAUCGCAGACGAUUAACUUUACACAACAGAGUUUGAGACAACGAGGGGCAGCUGGUGGUGGUGUACCUCAGGGGGCCCAGGGUGCACCAACUGGACGGGGUCAUCCCCAGCAAGUGCCACCGGGACAAGUUGAUCAGCAUCAGCACGCAAAGUUACUCCAGCAACAGCAGCAACAGCAAAUGCUUCGGGCUCAACAACAGCAUGUGAUGCAACAUCAGCAACACAUGACAGGGGGAAUGGCGGGGGUGAGACCACCACCUCCAGAGUACAAAGCGGCACAGGCGCAAAUGAUUCAUGCUGGCAUUGGGAUGGGUCAACAAACGAGAUUCCAAAAUGCUGGGCCUAUUCGCAGGGUAGCACAACAACCAAUGCCUCCGUCUGGCCCCAUGAUGAGGCCGCAAAUGGCCCAGCAACAGCAACAGCAGGCUCUACACGCGGCUGGUGGAAAUAUGUACAUGACGAGCGGUGGUGCUGCACCGGGUGGUGGAAGUGGUGCAGGCGGAAUGGCAGCGAUAGGUGGAAUGCAUCAAAUGCACCAGAGACUAAGUUAUCCAAGGACCAACAACCAACGGCCGCCUAAUGUCAGCGUUGGACCACCCGAUGGUCUUGGAAAUAGUAUUGCUGGUCGUGGUGCACAACAGGAAUGGCGUCAUCUACUGAUGCAACAGCAGGGCUUUCAGCCACAGAUGCAGGCACGACCGCAGUUUAAUCAACAGAGUCAUCAAGGUGGCUUUGGCAUGGGCAACACGGGUGGAAUGCAAAUGAACGCAGCCCAGAUGCAACACCAACAGCUAAUUCGAUCACAGAGCGGUGGAAUGGGCGGUGGCAGUAUGGGAAACAAUUCUCAGAUGCAACAAUUACUCACUCAACAGCAUCAGCAUCAAACUCUGGCAAUGCAGCAGAGCAACAAUCAGAUGUCUAUGCAGAUGCAAAUGUCCCAAUCCUCGUCUGUUAGUUCAGUAUCGACUGCUGGAACUGGAUCACCAAUGCAUCCACACCAGCAGUACGGUGGUGGUAGUCCAGGUGUAAGAAAUAUACCUCAACAACACAGUCAACCGGCUACCACAGCAUCGGAUCCAUCAGUAGCAGCUGCUGAUUUUAGCCUGGAAUUCCUUGAGAAUUUACCUGCUGGUGAUACGUCAAACUUCAGCGCCCAAGAGCUACUAAAUUCCCUCGACUCAACGGCAGGUUUCAAUCUCGAUAUACUAUAAACGAAGAGUAAUAAAAUUCUAGACUAUCUCAAAGUAAAUUAAUGAAAUAUAACAAAUAUUCAUACUGACCGGAUAGGUUGUAUCGAUUUGAGACCACCGAGUGUGUCUAAGGCAGGCUGUUAUAUACUAGGCAAUCACACUUUAGUCAAUUUUAUCUUUUUUUAUCUCUCAUUUUCUACGUAGCAACUACAGGAGGGGGGUGAAUAGGUGGAAGGCAAAGGAGAGGGCACAAGCGACUACAGUAUGAUAAGUUUGGGGGAAACUACUGGGAGUUUUGCGAGUCCCGGGCUAUUUGAGUGACAUCUCACACGUUACAGAUCGAUUAUAUGCGUAUAAACACAAAGAACUAGUGCUAAGAAAUUGAUUAUUGGUUCGUUUGCCCAGCAGAACCUUAAAAUGUUAGAAAUGGCCCAGUAUUUUCUCAAAAUUGUUCAAAAAACAGCUGUAGGAUAAUAGCUACAAAUUACUUUUGUUUUACUUCGAACUCUGAAUAGCCAAUUUCGUUUUUGUUCAAAUAAGAAAUUGCAGUAUUUGUGAAAAAUAGUUGGGAAAUGUAUUUUUUAAAUAUUUAUAGGGGUGGGUGGGGCAAGAUGGACACUUGAUUUUUUUUGCAAUUUUCAAAACUCAUAAAUUUGCUAGAGAUCGAAACUGAAAAAAGUAAAAUUGCCAGUCAAUGUAUGAAAAUAUUUAUAGGGGAGGGUGGGGCAUGAUGGACAUUUGAUUUUUUGCAAUGUUGAUAACUCAGGAAUUAAUUCUUCAAGGAUUGUACUUUCCAUUGUAGAAAAAAUUAUUUCUUUCCAUGAAAAAUUCAAUGGGUCAUUAGCAGUUGAAAAAAAAAAAAAAUUAUACCCCCAAUUUUUCCUAUUUGUUUCAAAUAUUUAAAAAAAUUAAGAAAUGAAAAACCCACAUGAUUAUUCAAACACCAACGGAAUCGGCUAAAAAUCGAAAUUUAAAAAACUAGAAAGAAAACGCGGUGGGGUGAUGAGUAACCCCAGUGCACCCGUAGAGGGGUAAUGUAUGAGAAAAUUCACCGCAACAGCUCAGGACCGUCAAAACUCGCAGUAGUCUCCCCUGAAACGGCAAGUGCACAAUGAUUCCUUUUGAAAUGUAAAAAUAAUGCAAAAUUUGACGAUCGAAGUGGAGACACUUGAUAUUAUCAUCAAAUUCCCUUGUAACCGCUUAUUCCCUCUGACUCUCUGGGCAUAUGAGAGUACCUGUGUCGACGAUGCUACUUCGACGGGUACUCUACUAAUGCAACUCUUCCGUUAACGUUUCUUUUUUCCCCACUUUUUCUUUUCCCCUUUUGUCUCGAGUUUUCAUACCGAGCCACCACGUCUCACAGUAGCUAGGAUCGUAUAAAUAAAUAAUGAAGAAUCGUGUUACUUAUAACUAUUGAUUUACAACAAUGAAAGAACAUUUACAUCCUACAAUGAUGAAUUUUUGUUCUGAAUCGUCCUCAGUACUGACGAAAUCCAAUGAAAUGUGACAAAUUUCAUAUUUACUUUUUGUCUGUAAACAAAAGUAUCGGGGACUGGUUCGUGUACUAUUACAAGAAAAUAUAUAGUAACUAUCAUAGGAGAAUAUUUGAAUGACGCGUGCGCCGUAACGUGAUCACUAAAUAUAUUAAGUUAAGAUAAAGUCAAUUAUAGGAAACACUUGAGAGGAUUUAAAAAUUAUGAAUUUCUUUUCGUUUUACAACUGAAUACAGACGUACGAAGAAAAAUCGUAUAAAAACCUAGAGAAUCCGCUAAAAAAUUCUACUGGAAAAUAUUGUAUAGAAAAAAUCAAUAGAAUCCCAUUUUCUAUGCGACA